AAGACUGACGGACUGUGAGGAACCUGCCAGCAGAUCUGUACAGAAUCUGGAUCCAAGGCGCUACUUUUGUUCUUCUCGUACUCUCCAUUCCUCUCUCAUUAAAAGGAGGUUCUUGGAGUGCCAGCCAAAAUCGAAGGCCGUCAGACCCCGAGAGGACACUGUAGUCAGAGGUAACCAUGACAAACCCUUGCACUGUGGCUCUGGAAAUUCUGGGUAUGCUGAUUGGGAUGGGGGGCUGGUUUUGUUCCCUGGCAGCCACCAUUAUGCCUAAGUGGCUGUUGCUUUCUACUGAACUAAUGGUCUUGGUGAGCUUCGAACAGGGGCUUUGGGAGUCCUGUGUGUUUCAUGAGGUGGUUGGCACAGAGUGCCGUCCUUAUGACACUAUCCUUGGCCUCGAACCCACAUGGAUGCUGGUCCGUGUUCUGAUGUGCCUGUCGGAUGCCACAUGUCUUUUUGGACUUCUUCUUGCCAUCCCUGCCAUGAGUCGGAUCAAUUGCUGUAAGAGUGAAGAAGGACGACGGACCAAACAAGGUUUGAAGAUCACGGCGGCUGUGUUUUUAUGUAUCGCUGGAUUGUUGGUGCUCACUCCCGUUUCCUACGUUGCUCAUGAUGCUGUUAUGAAGUUCUCCGAUGAGACCACACCUCAUGUGUUGUCACGUUCAGAGUUUGGGUAUGCGCUGUUUGUCGGAUGGGCUGCAGGAAUUCUUGACAUUGUGGCAGCAGUCAUGUUAUUAUUUACCUCUUGCACUGACUCAAGAUACAGUGAAACACAUCUGGUGUCUUACCAUCAAAGGCAGGAGAACAGAACUGUUGAUGGUUCGAGAAAACACACUGAGUAUGCAUGAGAUGAUUCUUCUCACAGACCUGAAAUGACUGUUAAUGUUUAUGGGAAGGAAAAAACUAAUUAUAUUUAGAUUCAAUGUAUACACCAAUCAAACCAAUGAAACUGGUAAAGCAAUAUUAUGAUGCACUUAUCCUUCAGUAUCUGAGUACACUGUUUAAUUAUGUCUUAUCAAUCAUUUUUUUAUUUGCCAAUAUUUUUUCAGUUCAUUUAUUACAGAUAGUGAUUGUAAAAAAACGCAAUAACCUUUUUCUUCACUUUUAUCGAAAUGUAUUCACAAAUAUUGUC